AUGUUCAGCAGAAUCACCAGUGCUUCCAUAAGAAGUAUCGUGCGCUGUCAGAGAUCUGUGCAUACGGUUCCUCAGUUGAAGAAUCAAGAUGUGUUCUUGAAAAACGGAAUCGAAGGCUUAUACACCCCCAAAGGGUUUGAGGCUUCUUGGUUACAGUACCAAAAGUAUUUGACCAUGAACUUGACGUUAUUGACAAACGGGACUGAGGGCGAAUCCAGGCCUCCUUACCAGAUUCUCCUUAAUACAGCUAGACAAACCUUAGGUCAGCACACCUUCCAUUUUGCAUCCCAGGCCCAUAACAACCAUUUGAUGUUUGAGCAGUUGACCAAUGCAUCUGAAGCUCAACAAUCUCAGCCUUCCAGAUACUUGUUGGGUAGAUUGGCUGAUGCUGGAUACAACAACAUCGAGGAGUUCAGAGAUGCAUUUUUAUCAGUGGCAGAACUAUCUAUUGGACAAGGGUGGGUGUUUUUGGUGGAAGAUGCAGAUAAGUCUGUGAGAAUUUUGAGAUGUAAUAAUGAUGGAACUCCUUAUUACUACGGAAAAAACCAGUCUUUGGACUUGAAUGGAGGAGUCAAUGAAGGUAACUUUGAACAAUUAAAUUUGAUCAAAGAAGCUGGUACCAGUAACAAGAGAGACUUCACUCUCCCUAUCUUGGGUAUAAGCUUCUGGGACACAUCUUACAUAAACGACUAUGGAGUGAACGGCAAGAAGGAAUACUUACAAAGCGUCUGGAAGUGUAUUGACUGGAACGUUGUCAACGGUAGAUUACUCCAAUUGUAA